CUCUGGAAGCCCACGGAAAAGGCAAAAUGUUUUGGGGGGAGGGAGGCGAGCCGGGGAAAAGGGCAGCCGCUUGAGCGCAGCAGCCCAGAUGUCCUGGGCCGCAAGAAGGGAAGCAGGAGACCAAAAGCUGCUGCUGGAGCUAAAGGAUGAAGUCACCUCCUUGCUGCUUGUCCCUUUCUUCUGGGGCCUCUGGAGAGGAAUUAGGUGAGAGCACAUCCUUUGAUUCUUUGGAAUCCAGUGUCUUCUGUAGUGACGAAGGGCCUGGAUCUUUGCUACAGCAUGUAGCUCCAUCCUUGGACUGCAUGAUCGUCAACGUUGGAGGUGCCCGCUUUGUGCUUUCCCAGAAGAAGCUUUGUUGCUAUCCAGAUACUCGGCUGGGCAAACUAGCAGUAAUGGUUUCAGCUGCCCAGGAUGUUGCCUCCAGCCUCUUGGACCUCUGUGAUGAUGCCAACUUGAUGGAGAAUGAAUAUUUUUUUGAUCGGAACUCUCAAGCAUUCAGUUAUGUCCAUAAUUAUUACCAAACUGGCAGACUACAUGUAAUGGAUCAGCUGUGUGCGCUUUCCUUUCUGCAGGAGAUCCAAUACUGGGGGCUGGAUGAGCUCAUGAUUGAUUCCUGCUGCAGGGACAGGUACUUCAGAAGGAAAGAACUGAGUGAAACUUUGGAUAUCAAGAAAGAUGCUGAAGAAUUGGAUGCCCAAGUUGAGGAAGAGGAUUUCUCUGGAACUCUGUGUUCCACCACCAGACAAAAGCUAUGGGAAGUCUUAGAAAAACCAGCUUCUUCUGUAGCUGCCAGGACUUAUGGCACAAUCUCUAUGGUUUUUGUCAUCAUUUCAAUUGCCAACAUGGCUCUGAUUUCAGUGGAAUUGACCUGGAUGCCAGCCCAGCUACUUGACAUCCUAGAGCAUGUGUGUAUUUCUUGGUUCACAGGAGAAUUUUUGUUACGCUUUCUCUGUGCGCGGAAUCGGUGGCGCUUUUUAAAGAACGUAGCAAAUAUCAUAGACCUUCUGGCCAUUUUGCCUUUCUACAUCACAUUGUUGGUGGAGAGCUUACGGGGUGGACACAGCUCCCAGGAGCUGGAAAACAUGGGACGUAUUGUGCAAGUGCUGAGGCUGCUGAGAGGUCUGCGCAUGUUGAAGUUGGGCAGGCAUUCAACAGGUUUGCGUUCCCUUGGGAUGACCAUUACACAGUGCUACGAAGAGGUUGGCAUGCUUCUUCUUUUCCUUUCUGUGGGCAUCUCCAUCUUCUCCACCAUAGAAUACUUCGUUGAGCAAGGUAUCCAUGACACAACCUUCACAAGUGUGCCUUGUGCUUGGUGGUGGGCUACCACUUCCAUGACAACAGUUGGCUAUGGAGACAUUAGGCCAGAUACAAUCAUUGGCAAGGUGGUGGCCUUUAUGUGCAUAUUAUCUGGAAUAUUGGUCCUAGCUUUACCGAUUGCCAUCAUCAAUGAUCGCUUUUCUGCCUGCUAUUUUACCCUGAAGAUAAAAGAAGCUGCCUUUCGCCAACGGGAAGCCCUAAAGAAGCUCACAAAGAAUAUGUCGAGUGACUCUAACAUCAACAUUAAUUUGCGAGACGUGUAUGCUCGAAGUGUAAUGGAUGUGUUGAAAUUUAAAAGCCGAGAAAGAACAAGUACCAGGAGCAGUGCUGGUGAUGAGUUUUGGUUUUGAAUACACAUGGUUACAUACAAACACACACAAGAGUAUGAGAGAUGCCUAAGGUGGCAAUAGCUUUAAUAACAGCCACAAAUGCAAAAUUAAUGGUUCUUUAUUUUCCCCUGUGCAAAUCUGCUUAUCUGCUGAGCAUAUGAACAACUAAUAUAGUCCAAAGGUGUAUUAAAAAGCAAAACAAAACAAAAAAAAUAAUCUCAGGAUACAUAAAUGCAAAUUAUGUUUAACAUUUUUCAUAUUUCAUUAGAAAACAAUGGAAAAAUGUCUCCCAGUGGAUUAAUAUUUAAUUCUUUAGCUGUAACUCUUUUAUGCUCAUUCCAUUAUGAAAAGAAUAAAAGAUUAGCAAUGUGUAUAUUGCUGCAGUGGUAUGAAAGUAAAAUAAAAGAAAGGGCCCGCUGACAAGCAGCAUAUUCUAGAAGUAGUAGCAAAGAUACAGCAAAAAAAUACUUACGGGGAUAUCAACAUUGGCAGCUUUCUACUAAGCCUGUGUACAGCAAUUCUUUCUUUGCUUCAACUAAAUACCUUGAACAGCAGAGGUAAGGCUAUUUGUGAUGACAUAAUUCUCCAUGGUACAAUACACUUUCGGUUCCUGCACGAGUGAUAACCUCUCCUGGCUACUGGAAGGGUGAAAGGUCCCAGAAGCAAAUAAAGCAAAACAAAAAAGUAAUUUUGCUUCUAUCUAUAGCAGCAAGAGAACUGAGUUCUUUCGUGAAGCAAUUUUGAAUAAAUAUAUACCAUUUGCAGCAUUAUGAACACUUUAUCCAUCUUAAUUUAGAAAAUUUAAUUUAGAAAAUCUUAAUCUGUAUAGUGCAGGAAAAAAGCUAAGGACAGUAACAGGCCUUCGGAGGGGAGGAUUGUUACCUAUUUCAAUAUAUACUAAUAUUUAUUUUCUCUGGUAUGCUUCAAAUGAGUUGGCUAAGAACCCCCCAUGUACAUUCUCAUUCAUAAUCAUUAGAGGUUGUUCUUUCAUAAUGCAGUUUUGAAUUCCUGAUCUCACUAUGAGAUUUAUUGCUUAA